AUGAAUCCAACACCAACAAUUAUUAGUUUCUUUGGUAAUCCAGGAUCUGGAAAGAGUACUUUAUGUAAUAGUUUGAUUGGAUAUAUAGCUUUUAAUUCAGGUGUCAGCAUUGGUCAGGGAAUGACUACUAAAUCACAAACAUUUCAGCUUGGUAGUAAAAUUAUAGUAGAUUCUCCAGGUCUAGCUGACCCUGUGAUGAGAGAAAGAGUUGCUGUUGAAAUUGAAACUUCACUAAAGCAGAAUGGAGAUUAUAAAAUAAUCUUUGUUGUUACAUUGGAUUCAGGUAGAGUCAAAGUACAAGAUCUAGAGACUUUAAACACCAUUAUCCGAUCUAUUAAAACACCUUUUGAAUAUGGUUUGAUCAUCAAUAAGGUUACACCGAGAGUUGCCGAAAAGUUGAAAUUGUGUCCUGCAGAUUUGCAAGCGUGUAUUAAGAUGGUUGAGAAGAUGCCAUUUGAAACAUUGGUCAUCAAGAAGAUCAAUGAUCUUGAAGACCAAGACAAUGUGUUGAUUGAAGAUAGUUCUAUCAAGCAAGAGCUAUUGGCUUUCUUUGACAAAAUCCCAAGUCGUCUAAUCAGAAAGGAACAAGUUGGUAAAGUAGAAGUUAGAGACUAUGACAAGAAGGUGAAAGAAAUGGAGACCAAACUCACAGAGCUAACUCAGCAAAUACAAAGAAGUCAACAAGAGAACGAGAGGCUGAUGAAAAAUACAGAGAAUAUGCAAAAUCAGCUUAGUAGAGAGAUUGAAGUCAAUAGAGAAAACACAAAGCAACACGAACUACACAUGAACAAUAUGAAACUACAUAACGAUCAAAUGAUGAAUGUAUUGAAUAACAAUCUUCAGGAACAAAGGGCAUUGACCCAACAAGCCAUUGCAAGAGCUGAAGAGGCCGAUCGAAAAGCAGAGGAAGCAAGAAACAGAGGUGGAGGUGGUGGUGGUGGAUGUACUAUUAUGUAA